CCUGCUCUUUUUUUUGCAGGUUUGCAGAUUGGAGGUUGUUUUGUUUUUUGCAACCAGUGAAAGUCGGCGACAAAUCCCAUUCAGCUCAACAAAGAAGGCAAGGAAAGACCACCAGCUUCUGAACAGCCUUUGAUUCGGCCUUGAUUCUCCGUGAUACAUUGUGGUGGGAAUUCUGUUCUGUUCUGUGGAAUCUUCCUUUUGAAUCCUUGUAAGUGCCAAUCUAAAACCUGUGGGUUUUGGUUGCCUCUUUGGAUGAGAAGGAAGGCUUGAGCUUCCAAGAGCUGGGGUCACCCAUUGUGAGAGAAAAUGGCCGUAGAGAAGGCAAGAGGGUCCACAGUCCUAGGUCUCCAUCUCCGGGCUCUUCUACAGCAGGACACAACAUCAGCCAUGAAAAUGGAGAGGCCAGAGCCGGAGGGCCCCAAAACAAAGCUGGAAUUGGGGGGAACUGGGGAAAACCCCGAAGACACCCGGCUGGAGAUGGCUGCUCGGGGUCGAACUGGAGCACCCCAGAACAUUAAACGGGAAACUGAAGAGGGACCGGUGUCCCCGCGCUGGGAAUCGCAAUGGACAGAGUUUGUGAAGAUCGUUCACUCCCAUCCAUCGGGGGAGCGAACACCUCAGCUUCCAGAGACUAGGCCAACGGAUUUAAUGCACAAUUUCCCAGCCCCGUUUGAAGGAGCAGCAGCCACCAGCCGAUGGCCUAAUGAAGCAAAGGAGGGUAGGCCCAUACCUGGACUGAACAGAAUGCCCCCCAGACUCAGCUGCAAGCCGGACUUUGCAGACCAAAGAGACACUGAGGGAAUCAAAGUGAUCAAGAUCGAAGAGCCUGGAGGCCCAGAAAUCCACCGGCAGCGCUUCAGGCAGUUCCGCUACCAGGAAGCCGGUGGACCGUGGGAGUCCUACUGCCGCCUGCGGGAACUUUGCCAUCAGUGGCUGAUGCCAGAGAGUCACACCAAGGAGCAGAUCCUUGAAAUGGUGAUCCUGGAGCAGUUCCUGAGCAUCCUGCCCCAGGAGAUGCUCAGCUGGGUCCGGGAACGUGGUUCGGAAAGCUGCAUUCAGGCUGUGGCCCUGGCGGAGAAUUUCCUCCUGAGGAAGCAGGAGGCGGAGAGGCAGGAUCAGCAGGGGUCAGAAGCCAAACAGGAGGCGGUUCCACGUUUCCCAGUAAGCGACGGGACUUCACUGGAAACGGCUCUGGGUCAGCUCUACAGAGAAGUCAAGCUGGAGCAGGAUGGAGAAACCACCGCCCUUGGUGCUUGGAAGCCAACUGAGAAUGUUGGGAUGCCGUCAGAAAGAGGAAAAUGUCAGGACUUGGAAGACCUUUUGAAACGUACAGAACCAAAGAAAUUUCAGGGAAAUGAAAUGGUGGAACAUAGGAGUAACUCCCUCAUCUCUCAGGCUGGAAGCCUUUACGAAAUGGCAAUCCAGCAAGCACUGCAUAAAGAGAAUAAAAAGAGUAAGAAGUUAGGAGAGAAUUUGUUCCGAGACAAAUCGCACCUGAAUCGCCAUCCGAGAACCCAGUCGGGAGAGAAACUCUACGAGUGCUCAGACUGCGGGAAAGCUUUUGUCUCAAAGUCCGGCUACGUCGUGCAUUCAAGAAUACACAGUGGAGAGAAGCCCUAUGAAUGCUCGCACUGCGGCAAAAGCUUCCGCCAGAGCUCUCAACUGAACAGCCACAGCAGAAUCCAUACGGGCGAGAAACCGUUUAAGUGUUUGGACUGUGGAAAGGGAUUCGGCCGGAGCUCGAACCUCAUUUCUCAUCAGAGAAUCCACACGGGGGAGAAACCGUAUGCCUGCUCGGUGUGUAACAAGCGCUUCUGUGACAAAUCGAGUCUAGUGAGGCACGAGAGGCUUCACACGGGAGAUAACCCAUACAAAUGCACCGUGUGUGGGAAAAGCUUCAGCCAGAGCCAUCAUCUCAUUACACACCAGAGAAGCCACACAGGCGAGAAGCCGUACCGAUGUUUGCAUUGCAGCAAAAGCUUUUGCGAUAAGUCAACAUAUAUUAGGCAUCAGAAAAACCACACAGGGGAGAAGCCGUAUAAAUGCCCUGACUGCGGAGAAUGUUUCAGUCGGAGCAAGCACUUCAUCAGACAUCAGAACAUUCACUCUGCGAGGGAGCUGUACCCGUGUUUAGACUGUGGCGAAAGCUUCUGCCGCAAAUCAAGCCUGAAGACACACCAGAGAAUCCACACUGGGGAAAAACCCUUUGAAUGCACAGACUGCGGGAAGAAGUUCAAUCGCAGCACGAACCUGAUUAGCCAUCAAAGAAUCCACACAGGAGAGAAACCGUAUGCCUGCCCAGAAUGUGGAAAGAGGUUCAAUCGUCGAGCACACCUUAUGGGCCAUCAGAGGGUCCACAUGCAGAACAGAGAAAACCCUUAAGUGCUCAGAGCUUGCAAAGACAGUUUGGACAGGACUGGCCUUUCAAUACAGACUUUUAAAAAAAUCAGUUAUUUAAAAAACAGACUGCUUUUCCACUUUUAAAAAAGUAUCCAAAGCGCCUAAAACAGAGAUAAACAGAAAAGCAAAAGGCCAAAGAGAGGAAGCAAAUCAGUGGAAACAAUCACAGCAAAUCAGAGAGCAAUGAAACUCAGAAAAGCAGCAGAAAGACAAAUCCAUCCAUCAAAAAUGUAGGAAAUGAAAAGGGACUGAACUGGAAGUAACAUCAGUGCCUCGCUACUCUGACGGAGUGGGAAGGGAUUUCUGUUCUUUAAAAUGGAAAGUUGACUGCUCCAGAUUGAUGGCUGACAGGUUAACAGGGAGUCACUGUGGUUUCUCCUGGGCUCAAAAAUCUUUGUUGGAUCCCAUUUUGGUUCUGGGCACAAUUCAAAGUACCGGUGUUGACCUUUAAGACUCUAAAAGGUCUGGUAUUGGGGUAUGUGAGGGAUUGUCGUUGGAAGCCCCUUUCUGCAUUUCCCCACCUUUUGGAGGUUAGCCAGGGUCAACUGGACAAAGGAUGUUUUUGUGGUGAUGCCUCAUUUGUAGAACUCCCCACAAGAGACAAUGCCAGACACCAUCUUUGAAGUACUCUUCGCACAAUGCAUAACUGACUUGUGGAACACAUUGCCUAGUAGAUGUUGUGAUGGCUGCUAGCUUAGAGGACUUGGGGCGGGGGCGGGGGGGCAGUGGAAGGGACUGGACUAAUUCCCAGAACAUAGUAGGUCCAUCGUGGCUAUUUGCCAUGAUGGCAGCAUAGAGCUUCCACGUGGAGAGGCAGUGUAUCUCUGAAUACUAGUUGCUUGGGGACGGAUAACAGGAGAAGGCUGUAGCAUUCGUCCCUUGCCUGGGGGCUUCCAGGGGCAUUUGUUAGGCCGCUGGGGAGAACAAGGUGCUAGACUAGAUGGAUCUUUAGCCUGAUCCAGCAGGGCUAUUCAAAUGUGCUUUCAGGCAACAGGCCAAGUCUGAGCCGUUUGUGCUUUUGAUAGUUUGUUCCCAUUCUUCUUGCCUGGCUGCCCAGUUCCUUUGUUUUGAUUUCAGCUUGUCUUGAGGUUUCCUGUUCUUUUUCUUCUUCUUGCACUGUCGUUUUAAUUGCUGUUUUAGUUGAGAACAUUUAGACUGUUCUGAAUUGUAGUUGUGCUUGGGUUUUAUUUUUUUUUCCAUUUUUAUUACAUUGCUGUAAACCACCUUGAACGUACGGGGCGGGGGCAGAAAGGCAGCGUGAAAAAAAUGUGUUAAAUCAACCCAAGAACAAAAUGUGUGUCCCUCCCAUGGGUUUUUUUCAUUCCUUUCCCCUCUCUUUACUGUUAAUCUUCCAGUUCUUUCUCCUCCAUUCUUUAGCACACUCCAAUAAAGCUUUUUCCCCAAACAAGACCAAAAA